AUGUCCGGCUCGCGAAGCGCUGGUGAGAUGACUACGCCAACAUUCAGUUGUCCAAGGCCAAGGCAGGAGCAGCAACACAAUAAUAACGACGACUUCUCGCGGAAUCUUCUUGUCGACGAUCAACCUCAUGUCCAAGACAAUAAUUCAGUGCAGUCGCAGCAGUGGUACUUGGGACCUUCUUCGACAUGGUCGUUCAGCCGUCGUGUCCUUGCCCAUCUGGAAGAGUAUGUCUCGCCUAACGCUGGAACAUUCCCAUCAACGCCUCUAUAUCUAGAUGGCGCCGCCUACCGCUUCGAUCCAGAAGAGCGACGACAUCAGACCUGCGAUCCAGCAUUGGAUAUUGCAGCUGGGACGACCCAGACCGCCCCUUGGCCGGCCUUCGAUCAUGCGUUGUACCUCUUCCACACGGUACAGUUUCGCUUGGGCCAAAUUCUGCAUUUUACCGACAGCGAACAAAGCUUCUCGAACCUGUACAGUACGCUGCAAGAUGAUUGUGCUCCCACAGAAGGUCAUGCCCCUUUUCAACGAGCGUACAUACUGCUCAUUCUUGCGUUCGGCCGAGCGUUGUUGUGUCAUGCUCACGGCGGUCAGUCUUCUGCGGCACCCAAAGGGUCCCAGUACGCUGCUGAGGCAUGCUCGCUUCUUCCAACGAUUCAUUCACCCGACCAGGACAAUGUGCUGGCAAUUCGAGUUUUCGGAUUGGCGGCUUUGUACCUUCAAUCAUUGGACAUGCGCGUGACUGCAUUCGAGUUUGCGGGUCGUGCGCUCCGACUCUGUUACGUGACCGGCAUUCAUCGUGGAGCGGCUUCCAAUGUCGCAGAUGAGGCCACACGAAGCUCGAUUGACAAACUGUGGUGGAGUGUGUACAUGCUGGAUCAGCACCUGUCGGCGUUGAUGGGGGCUCCGAGUGCGGUCCAAGACAACGACGUGACGGCGCAACUGCCUUGCGCCGAUGCUUCAUCCCCUCAGGACGCAGCGCUCGGGGUGCAAUCUGCUUGCAAGGUUGACGAGAAGUGA